CGGACACGUUGCCCGGCGCAGUGGAUGCACGGGCAGCCUCCUGCGCUGGACAUUUGAAGUCCGUCCUCCUAGGCAUGCCCGUAUCGGAAUACUCCUCCAGGAAGGCCCGCGACGCGCUACAGGGCUAUCCAAGGCACCUUAUCGAGAACAUUCAAGACAGUUUCGCAAAACGCGGUUGGGUUACUCUUUACAAACGGCGAAAAAUCCACGUGACAGGAGGUGUCAACGUGAUAAAACGCGACCCACCUGGGACGACUGCAGCGGCCCCAUGCAACAAUGAAGAGGGUGACGUCACACCAGCAGGAGGA